GUAAUCUUAUUGGUCAUUACUCUUUCUGACCACAAACUAAAGACUCUUUUGAUUGGAUUAUGUCAAAGUUACCGGAAAGGAGAAAUGGUAAGCCCUAACUGCUGCAAACAACUUCACUAUGGCGGAGGUCAGAAUGGUGUGGAGGAAGACAUACCGAAUUCUCAAACCAGGAUACUCUCAUUCAUUCUUGGACUCAGUUUGUAAAAGUAGACACAGAAAUGCUAGGCCUCAAGAUGCCUUGUCAGGUAUAGCUACGUUGAAGGAAACCGACAAGAUAGCUCGUUCGUUAGCUCGGAGAUCUAAUGUUAGCAGUCAGUCACUCUUACCCACCACUGCCCAAGAACAUCGAACUGGUCCUAAAAUAAUGUCUCCUUGCACGAAUGCAUAUGGAUCGCAUGUGACAUGGAAACAGUUAGACAUAUGUGUAGAACACGUAGGGAUGUGCUUAGCCUGGAAGGGCAAAACACUGCCAUGUGACCGGACCGCAACAAGAACCUUCUGCCUCAGACCACACGAACUGAAUGGAGUGAACAUUUGGUGGAAUAUUGGACGUUCUGCAACCAUAAAUCCAAAGAUUCUCCGAACCAGGAGAGACCAGAUCAGAUCAUUUUGCACGAUGAGAUACGGCACCGGAAGAAAAGGAUUUACUAGUUCGUCAGUGGUCAGGAAAGGCUUCAGCAGCAAUGGUUUUUACGACACACCUCUGUUCAAAAGCAAAUCAGCAUAUUACGAAAUUCUCCAGGUGGCAUCUACCGCAACGCAGGCCCAGAUUAAGACUGCAUAUUAUAAACAGUCUUUCAUCUACCACCCUGAUAAAAACGCUGGAAGUGAAGCAGCAUCCCGUCGAUUUUCCGAAAUUACCGAGGCAUACAAUGUGUUGGGCAACAAAAGUCUACGGAAGAAAUAUGACCGAGGUAUCUUAACACAGACGGACCUGCAGGGGGCCAGGAGGCCCUCUCCCAAGGAAUCGGGUAGCAGCGCGGGCCAGCAGACGAAAUCCCGCAGCUCCUCUGUUGUUGGUAUAGACAGUAAAAAGGUGUUUGAUUUUGAUAAUUUCAUUAACUCACACUAUGGCGAGCAGCUCAAACGAGACAGAGACUUUCGAACACGCCAAGAGGAGAUGCAACGAAAGAAAGAACAGGGCAACUUCUCCAAAGACUCAUUUGGGCAGAGUGGGGAAUGUGGUCUAGCCCGGUUUCACCAGACUCACUUUGUGAAGAGACUACUCUCAACAGGGGAAUGUUUCCAACCCUAGCAUCGUAAUGUGUGUAGAGUAUGACUAGAGAUUCCUAAAGUUACUUCCUACUACUGGGCAUUGUCUUAAACCAUAUUCUGCAUUUGUGCAUCAAAAAGAAACUUCUUUUUACUUUCUUUUUGGAAAAGGUGAAAUUGAUUUAAGUGAAUUUGGUUUAUUGCACUGACUGUUAGGUAAAAAAAUAACUAGUGUCAUUGGGAAAGCAUGUUUAAACUCUUUUGCAUAGUAUAUCUUAUAUAUAUAUAUAUAUAUAUAUAUAUGUUUAUCUAAAACUUAACAACUUAAGUGAAUAUAAGUAAUCAACACAUAUAAACAGAUAUGACAUACUCCUCUGUGAAAAUAAUGAUGGCAAACUCAAUCUUUCAUAUAAUCUGCAUGAUUUAAAGUCAUAAUUAUGUUACAAACUACAACUAAAACAACCUGCCAGGGCUUUCAAAGGUCAACACAACUUGUGACAUUUUCCCCCAAACUCACAUCUAAUUUUGGCUAAUUCUCUGGGAUAGAGCAAGCCAAGUCUGCUAAAGCAUUAAUUACAUGCUAGUAGCACUAACUAUAGAGAAGUUAAAAAAGCAACUAUCCAUGUUGUCAAAUGAAUUUAACUGUUGUAUAUCAUAUUUUAUUGAGGGGAAACUUGGGCAAGUGUGUGCUCACCUCAGUUUUAAGAUGAUCUUGAUUAAAGGUACGCGUUGUUGAUCUAA